ACUACUUGCGUCUUGAAGGAUGUGCAUGUCAGACUAGUUGCGAUAACGUAAAAACCCUCCUCCCGACGGCCGCACGGGAGGAGGGUUACGUUAUAUAGCAACUAAUGUCAGACAUGUCAGAGUCAGCAGAAAACUCGUCCGUCGGACAACUCGGUGGAUCGGUCGGACAAGUAAAUACAUACGACUCAACGGUUCAGACAACUCGACAUUGAGACAACUUGACAGAUUGCCAAGACAAGCCGACAGUUGAAUGGACCUCCCUAGAACCAUGUCAGACUAGUUGCGAUAACGUAAAAACCCUCCUCCCGACGGCCGCACGGGAGGAGGGUUACGUUAUAUAGCAACUAAUGUCAGACAAGAACUGUUUCGGUUUCGUUCCGCUAUCGUCUCCUGUAGCAUGACCUCGGGGGCCUAAUACUAAAUAAUAGCUUACUUCCUAUCCAUUGAUGUCCCAAACAAAUGGCUGUGGAAGAAGUGACAAGACGAUGGGCACUUUUUACAACAACAUCCUUGGCAACCAUUUUUAUUACAUUUGGAGGAUUACGCUUACUGCUGAUAAAGUGUUCUGCUAAUAAAGAUGGAAAGUUUGAUUAUUUACCAGUGACAGUCAAUUUAUGUGCUGAGAUGAUCAAGUUACUUGUGUGUAGCAUAAUGGCUGUAAAUGUUGUCAGGAAAGGCUCAGAGCAACUUACAAUUUGCGUUUCUUGGCGAGAUGUUUUAAGACUCUUCAAGUGGAGUGUACCUGGUCUACUUUACUUCCUUGAUAACCUCAUCACCUUUUAUGUUGUUGCUUCAUUUGAACCGGCUAUGGUGGUUCUCUUGAACAACUUUGCAAUCAUAUCAACUGCAGUUCUGUUUAGACUUAUUUUAAAGAGAAAACUUGUGAAGUUACAGUGGGCCUCACUUGUUAUACUGUUCCUGGCCAUCAUGUGUCUAUCGAGACAGGCAAAUGUUACACACAGCAGUUCAGAUGGUAAACUUAUGCAUCAUAAUAAACAAGGACAAAAUAAUGACAGCCAGCAGUCAUCCCCAACCAUCAAAUGCAAUGUACAACCUGGCGACUAUUGUUCAUCAGACGGUUUGCCUAUUUGCUCAACAAAGAUUAUUCAGUUACCUUCUUGGCGCUACAAGUUAUCCCUACUCGGCCAAUAUGAAGGACAUUGUUGGGUCUUACUGCAGUGCUUCUUAUCUUCAAUGGCAAACAUUUACAACGAAAAGAUAUUUAAAGAGGGUCAUGGAAUGGAGGAUAGUAUCUAUAUUCAGAACACUAAACUUUAUCUGUUUGGUGUGUUUUUUAAUUUAUCAUCAAUUGUUUUCAUUGAUAAAUAUUGGGAACGUGUCACAAAGUGUGGCCUUUUUCAUGGUUAUAACGAAUUCUCAUGUCUUCUGAUUUUUGUGAAUGCCUUCAUGGGGCUGACAGUAGCGUUGAUACUCAAGUUCAGAGACAACAUGUUUCAUGUGUUAUCAGCGCAGAUCCUCACUGUAGUGGUAAUAACAUUGUCUGUUUUGUUAAUGGGGUUCAAACCAUCCCUUGAGUUUUUCCUGCAGGCGCCAAUAGUGCUGUUGGCUAUUUAUAUUUACAAUAAUAGCAAAGAUACGGAAACACAGAGUAAUGACAACUUAUUGGUUACUUGAUGAAGUUUUACUAAGAGCAAAGAUUGUAACCACAUUGUGACAUUUUGGUUGGUGCAGUCGCAGUAACCACCAGCGUUCGCAUUAUUUUAAUCCAAUUAGUGCCCACAAACUUGAUAUGCAAAAUAGUAACAGCUUUCAUGAAGCCUGUUCAAAGAUCCAACAGAAGUAAAACUGUAUGUGAAUUUGGGUCACCUUGGGGUGUGGUUGUCAGCCAGUGCCUCACAUUAUGUUUGAAUUUCCUUUUAUAAUUUACCAAACGGGCACAACGAAACACAAAAUAUCAGCUUAAGUUUUGGGUAAUUUUUUUUAUAUAUGGCCCUUUUUUAAAAAUAAGCUUGCCUCCUUUCCCCCCUCCAAGUGGCUUUCGUGAGGUUUGGGUGUUAUUUUUUUAUGUCAGUAUUUGGAUAAGAUGUUGCACUGUUCCCAAGUUGCCAAACAAUUGAGUUUUAUGGCCAACCAAUGCCUUUGUGAGGUAUGUCACCAUGCACCAGGGUUGAUCAAGUUAAGUUUUGACCCAUCUGUGGUGUUUAGGCUUAACCACUGACACACUAGACAGACUGAUCUGUUGGUUUAAUGAUUUGUCUAUUAUCGCUGAUCAGACAUCUUGGAUUUGAAUAGAAACUAACUAAUUUCUUUAAAUCGUUUGCAGUUCCCGCUGCUAAAACAUAGGAUUCGAACUGCAUCUAGCCACCAGGCAAUCUCGGUGGUCUAGUUGCUCUAGAGCUGCAAAGGUCAUGGUUUCGAAUCACACCCAAGUAAUCUGUGAUGUUUUUUUUCACAGAACUCUGGCAGUGUAUUUGGGUAAUAACCAAAAUAAAUAUUCUUUGUCCCUGAUGCAAAUUUAACAGCUUUAAAACUAACAACUAUAAUCAAUAGAGGGCGGUAUAACAACUGUACACAAAUCAGCCCCAUUUAAUUGGCUAAAAGGGGUACUGUUGUGUCUAUGCACUGUGUCUAUGCAGAUGUGUUUCCUUCCAAAUGACAUCCGUCCGGCUGGGAACUUUCAUUUCUGGAUUUGUAACUUGGGUAGGGGGUUGCUCUUUGGGAAAGAAUUUUUUUUAAUUAUUUUGAGCAAAAAAAGGUGACGGUGGUGAGUUAUAGCUAACUGGUUUAUGAUUGUAACCCAAGUUGGGAGAGGCAUUUUAUAUAUAUGUAUUUGGUCGGGGUUUCCCUUGGUGGAAAAUAUGGAGUAACUGUGUUUAGAAUAAAACAAGUUCAUUAAAA